AUGAACGAAUCCUCUGACGAUCCACCGCCUAUAGAUCGCACCGGCAUCUGGGACCGUACCAAUGCAUAUGCCUUGAACCUCCGAUCGUUUGGAACCCCUCGUCACAGCGAUCGCCACUGUGAUCGUAGUAGUCAUCUCGUCACGAGCCCGUCAGACACUCGCCCAGCAGCUCCCAACGAUGGCCUCCAUCCUCAGACUGCGUCUUCACCUACAGGCGCUCAUCAAACGUCAAUUACUCAGCAGUCGUCUAGUGAUCAGGUCGAACAUGGCUCGAUAUCGUUGUCUCCUACAGGAUCCAUUCCCGUGGGUGCGCAUGAUCGAACGAAGGCUCCCUCCGUAGGAUCGGAGGGCAGUCCGAACGUUUUCUUCCGGUUAUAUAUAUAUGCCAAGAUGGUUGUGGUUUCGAGCUGGGUAAAUUGGCUUCUCUUUUUUGUCCCUGCCGGAAUCGCCCUGGGUGCCUUGCAUCGGAGCAUGGGCGAUGAAAGCCCGGUAAGCCCGACUGUGGUAUUCGCGAUCAAUGCCAUUGCAAUUAUUCCCCUCGCCUCGAUGCUUGGCUACGCUACAGAAUGUGUUGCCUCAAAUAUGGGUGAUACAAUUGGUGCUCUCCUGAAUGUGACGUUUGGCAAUGCAGUGGAGCUUAUUAUCUUCAUGUACGGUUCUGUCAUAUUUCCCUCAACCUGGGCAUUUGUUUCAGCUACCCUGCUAUUCGACCAAGUUGCCAUCGUUCAGGCGUCACUUCUCGGAUCCAUCCUGGCCAAUCUACUGCUGAUCCUGGGCAUGUGCUUUUUGUUUGGCGGGCUUCGGUUCCGUGAACAGCUCUACAAUUCCGCCAUUACUCAGAUGAGUGCUUGCCUUCUUAGUCUGAGUGUGAUCAGUCUUCUCUUGCCUACUGCUUUUCAUGCCUCUUUCAGCGCCAUCAAGGCUGCGGAUGCCGCUGUCGUUAAGGUCAGCCGCGGUACCAGCGUUGUUCUGCUUCUGGUUUACAUCCUCUAUCUGCUUUUCCAGCUGAAGUCGCAUGCUUAUAUCUACGAGAGCACACCUCAACACAUGAUCGACGAGGAGUCCCAUCCCGGGGUCCUCGCAGAGAUGCUGCAUUCUUCACCUAGCUCCGACACGUCCAGUGACAACGACAGCGAUGCCACCUCGGGUUCCAAUACCACAGUGAAACGUAUCAGAAACGCGCUCCGAAAGAAGAGAAGACGCAAAUCUAGCUUCGCCUCAAAGGAGACCAACUCGGUUCCGUCGCUCCCGUCCUUCAUUCGAACAGUAUCGUCUGGUUCUCGUGCCGUAGACUUACCAUCGGUCAACGACACUUCAGAAACUCUUCCUGAUCAUGGAGCCAAUGGACUCGAGGCGAAUCAGGCUGGAGAUACGAUACCUGAGAAGCAAUCGGCAAAGGUGUCAAACCCCUCGUCCGAGGUGACCUCGCGUGACUUUGAAACCAUGCAAAUGAAAAAGACUACCGGUGAAUCUUUCCAGAAGACAAAAAGCAUGCCACAUGGUCGACACAAGCAUCGCAAAGGCCGAAAAGCACAUGAGAACACAGAUGAGAGCGAUGAGGAAGCUUUUCCAUGGAUUGCCCCUGUUUCCCCAUCUGAUCGUUUUCCACCACCGCGCGGUGACGUACAGAGACGUUCGUUCAAUAUUCGUAACUUGCCCUAUAAGCCAGCACUCUCCCAUGUAUUGGCAUCGAGUAUGUUGUCACCCUCCGCGCAACCUGCGCAGCUGGAUAUGCCGGGUCCCGUCUCCGAAGUCAAGCCGCCGCGAUCAUAUCUCCGUCGCGCUAGUUCUCUGCCAGAUCGUCUGAAUGGGACGCUUGUCGCCACGUCGAUACCGUCUGCUCAGCCGUUACCCCACCUAGUCUCUAAGAAGCGGGUCGAGAUAAAGGAAAACGAAGAUAAGCCAAGAUUGCCUCGUGCCUCUGCGAUAAUUUUACUCUUAGUAACCACUGGCUUGGUCGCAGCUUGCGCGGAAUUUCUUGUCGACUCCAUUGACUACCUCGUUGACAGCACUGGAAUAAGUCAAGCAUUCAUCGGCCUGAUUAUCUUGCCUAUUGUGGGCAAUGCUGCUGAGCAUGUUACUGCAGUCACAGUUGCCAGCAAAAACAAGAUGGAUCUUGCAAUCGGCGUCGCACUGGGCAGCAGCAUACAAAUUGCUCUCUUUGUGACACCGGUCAUUGUGCUGCUUGGAUGGUGCUUAAAUACCGAAAUGUCUCUCUACUUCAGUCUCUUCGAGACUAUCUCGCUAUUUGCGUCGGCCUUUAUUGUCAAUUAUCUUAUGCUGGAUGGUCGCAGCAACUAUUUGGAGGGUGCUUUGUUGAUUGCCGCCUAUGUUAUCAUUGCAGUGGCGGCCUUCUUCUACCCUUCAUGUGAGAAUAUGAGUACUGCCAAUGGCGGACCUUCUGAUGCGUCGUGUCACUAG